GCCUCGUCUUCUUCGUGCUUUCGCAGAGGUGGGUUGGCUUCUCCUCCCCCUCCGGUUCGGUUCGGUUCUUCUGGUCCGGUUCGGUUCGGUUCGUGGGAGAGAGGAAGGGAUGGCGGGGUCGGAUGUUGAGUACCGCUGCUUCGUGGGCGGCCUUGCCUGGGCCACCAACGACGACUCCCUCCAUGCCGCCUUCAGCCCCUUCGGCGAGGUCCUGGAGUCCAAGAUCAUCCAAGAUCGUGAGACUGGGAGGUCGCGCGGGUUCGGCUUCGUCACCUUCUCGAACGAGCAGGCGAUGCGCGAUGCCAUCGAGGGGAUGAACGGCAAGGAGCUGGACGGCCGCAGUAUCACCGUCAACGAAGCCCAGUCACGUGGCGGCCGCUCCGGCGGCGGCGGCGGCGGCUACGGCGGGAGCCGCGAGGGCGGUGGAGGCUACGGCGGUGGUGGAGGCUACGGCGGUGGCUACGGCGGUGGUGGAGGCUACGGCGGGCGCCGCGAGGGCGGGUACGGCGGCGGCGGCGGGUACGGCGGCAGUCGCGGCGGGUACGGCAACUCCGACGGGAACUGGAGGAGCUGAGCGGUGGGGCCCUCGCGGCCAAGUUAUCUUGUUAUCGCUACUGCUAUCCGAGCUAUCUUGUCGUGUCGUCCAGUGUCCUAUGUUGUUUGUUUCGUGUGGUUGCCAUCUGUGUUUUUGAUCGCAAGUUCGCUCCUUUGAUUAGUUGUUGUGUUCCGAUGAACAAGUCUCGCGAGUGUUGGUCUUGAUGCUAUCCUCAUCCUGAUCCCAUGAACUGGGUAGGGAUGUUAUCGUCGUGAAACCUGUUACCUUUUUCAGUUAAUCAGACAGAAAAAAGUGCUACUUGGUGCUGCAAA